UUAAAUACAUUGCCCAACUGUCGUGAAGAUUGAAGAUGAGGAAGGAGGUGCCCCGUGAAAACUCACAAUGAACUGCUACUUGCCGAGUGACGAAUAUCCAGCUAUAGUCUUAGAAAAUGGAUCAGCUUCAUGUCGAGUCGGGUUUUGUGGAGACGAUGCACCUGCCUGUGUUUUUCCUAAUAUUAUAGGUCGUAGAAAAACAGGAGAUGGUAGCUCAUACAUAGGUUAUGAAGCUCAGGACAGACGAGAGCUGCUUAGUCUUCGAUACCCCAUAGAGCAUGGCAUCGUCACGGACUGGGAGGACAUGGAGAAAAUUUGGAACUUUGCAUUUUUCGGGGACCUCCAAGCAUCUCCUGAGCAACAUCCCAUUCUGACGACAGAAGCACCGCUAAACCCGAAGGGAAAUCGACAAAAGAUGGCGCAGGUGAUGUUUGAGACGUAUCAGACCCCAGCGUUUUACUGUGUCUUUGAGCCCCUUCUGGUCGUGCUGUCUGCCGGGAGGGUCACUGCCACGAUCGUUAAUGUUGGUGAUGGGAUCUCCUACGUUGUUCCAAUCUAUGACGGUUACACACCAGCCGUUGUAACCCGACAGGACCUCGGAGGUCGUGACCUCACUCUGGCUCUCCAACGACAACUACACAAAGCAGGUCAUAGCUUCACAACGAGUUCUGAGCUAGACGUAGUCCGAGAGAUGAAGGAAGCUACAUGUUUCGUGGCCAACGACAAAACAGUUUCCUCCAGUCCACAGUCGAAGGUUGUCGGAGGGACAGAACAAUCCUACAGAUUGCCUGAUGGCACAUCUAUCCAACUAUCUUCUGAGCGUCAUCUCGUACCAGAAAUAUUGUUUCGUCCUGAUGGCGUUGUGAACACGGGGAAAGGUUUAGGCCAGAUGGUGCAGGAAUCCAUCAACAACUGCAGUAUGGACGUCCGUGGACAACUGUACAAAGACAUUGUCCUGGCGGGGGGCACCACUUUAAUGGACGGGUUUGGAAUGCGACUGCAGCAGGAUGUUGCCCAGUUGGCUCCUCACGUGGGUCAGAAAGUGAAAGUGAGAUAUUCCCCCGAGCGGAAGUACCACGUGUGGCUGGGUGGGUCUAUCUUAGCCAGUCUCUCCACAUUCACUCCACUAUGGGUCACCAGGCAGGAGUAUCAGGAGUUUGGACCAGAGAUUGUUCAUAGGAAGGCAUUGACUGGUUAAUGAUGUCAAAGAGAUACAGAUGUUAAAGUGUUUGGUGUUGAACUUUGAAGUGUUUUAAUGGUGUUGAUGAAGUGAUUUGAAUAAUGUCAAACGGUGCAUUAUUUUGAAGUUUUAAUGAUGCCAGAAUGUUAAUGAUGUCAAAAUGUCAGUGAGGUUGAAGAGUAAAUAUGUUUAUGUGUUGAAAAUGUUGUAAAUUAUGUUGAAGGGUUAAUAUGUACACAUGUCAAUGACGUUGAAGUGUUAAUAUUGUUCUAUCAUUAAUUGCUUUUCUACAUUUCUUUUCUUCUAAUCUGUUCCUGGAGAUGUGUUUUUGAUAUCUUGCUGACUCGUGGUUUACUACUUCGCACUGACACUCAUGCAUACGCACUCUUACAGUUACAGUGUUGGAAAGCAUAAGUAACCUACAUGUUUACAAAUACAUACAUUCCCUCAUACACACACACACACUCACUCACUUACUCAAUCUCUCUCUCUCUCUCUCUCUCUCUCUCUUUCUUUCUUCUCU